AUGCCUGCUUUUCAACGCACUGAUGGAUGCGGCAGCUGCGUCAAGGGUUUAUGCAUCCUUUGGCGGCGUUCCGACGGGAAAGAUGUUGCGCAGCAUGGCUUCUUUGGCGAAGGCCUUGCCGAAGUCGCUGCGUUGCGAGAGGAUUCGGUGCUGAUACCUGAUCGUCUCAUCAUUGCGGAAAGCGGCGAUCGAGGGCCAAGCGAAGGCAAGCUUGGGGCCCUCGCAUUGGCGAUUGGACUUCGCCUGGACAAAUCACCUUGUCGACAGGACGUUUGCCUGCUACUUUACCGGACCUCAUGUGGUGAGACCGGGCAGCUGCUGGCUGAAGUUGGCACUGAUCUUCAAGCGGCAGGGUCAGGGACGGCAGUUGGAGCCACAACAACGGCUUUGGCAAAACUGCUGCUUCGACAGGCUGCUCGAUCUCCGCUGGAAGGAGUGACCGGAGUCGUUCUUGCCGGAGGCAAGCCUCACACCUGUCCAACACCUUCGCUGUUGGAUCGCGAGCUCAUGUCCCAGCACCUGAAGCCUCAGGUUCCUGUGCUUUGCGCCUGGAUUUCAGACAACCCCUCUCCAGCUGGUCGAAUGAAGCUUUGGUCUUCCACGGUUGCAACGCUUUAUCCAUGGUCGACCAAGAGGCCGCUGCAGGAUGAAAUUCUCGAGCUUGAGCUCUCACACAAACGUCUCUUCCACGAGACCUGGCAGGCAGCUUGCCCCGAGGAGCCGUCGUCUAGAUAUACGGGGUUUGCCAUCGGAGUGCUCUCCGCAAGUGGACGUAGCCGCGCCUUUUCCAGUUCAGAGGUUGGUACCAGCAUGACCACGCACCCGAGAUGCUUGGAUGAGGAAGUCAUGCUACUCGCAUCGUGCCUGAAGGAGUGCACGAAGGAAUCAGACAACCCAACACUCCUCGUGCUGGUGGAUGCCGAUGGCAGGCUUUGCGCGCCGCAAGCGCAAGCAAGAGAAUACCUGCUCCGGCACGGCUUUGCAAAUUUGCAAGUGCUAGUCAACGACGAGGUCAAGGCAGAGAUGUUGACUGUGCGGGAGUUGUAG